AUGGUAACCAUAGAAACAGAAGAAGAGUUCCAGUUUGUACAAGACCUUCUAAAGAAAACCUUGAAUGUCUCAGGUCCAGAGACUUGGUGUAGACAACAAAACAACAGCGUGUGCCUGGCCUUGAACCUAACUCGACAUGGGGGACGUUUUAGGUGGGGUCAAGGUCGACCACUGGCUAUAUCUCCGAUUUGGUCACCAAAUCUUGAAGAAAGUGGAGAUUGUGUCACCUGUGGCGAUGAAUCCUCCAAAUAUAUAGCUUAUUCCUUUGUUUGUGACAACAAACACGACUGCCCUAAUGGUAGAGACGAAGCCUGUUCAAAAAAGACUUACGUCAAUGACGGGACACAGGAUUGUCCACAGGGAGAAGAUGAAAACAAUCUGAUGUUGAAGUGUUUCAAUACGUCACAGUAUGUUUUCCUAGAGAAAGUUUGUGAUGGUUUCAAAGAUUGUCCUAGAGGUGAUGAUGAGAUAAAUUGUCAUAUUGAAUGUCCUAAUGGAGCUUAUUGUACGGCGGGGGUGCUUGGCCCAAACAUACCCGUUGAGAAGUGUGAAUCAAAUGACAAAAGCAUUUCUUCCUGUACACACCUAAUCAGGGGUGUUAGCAUGAGAAUUAUUCUGUGGGCGAUAGGUCUUAUGGCCUUGUUGGGGAAUGUGUUUGCUCUAGCGUAUAGGAUGAUAUGGGAUAGAAAGGUUUUACACACAGUCUACGGGCAGUCUGUGUCCAACCUCUGUAUCUCAGACAUGAUCAUGGGUUUCUAUCUCAUUGUUAUUGGCGUGGCUGAUGAGGUGUAUCGGGACAAUUAUUUCGCCCAUGAAGAAGAAUGGCAAUAUGGGGUUGUCUGCCAAGUGGCCGGGUUUCUUUCAACCCUCUCCAGCGAGGUCACGACGUUCUUUAUCUGUCUGAUAACACUGGACAGAUAUCUGACACUCAGGUUCCAAACUGGCAAGUACCGGUUCACCACGAGGACAAAACGUGCCUCCAUCAUCCUCUCCUGGCUUCUUGGGUUCACUUUAGCUUUGGUGCCAGUACUGUGCUCUGAGUGGGGAAUAUUCACAUCCAAUUCCAUGUGUUUGGCAUUUCCAUUAGACACUGCUGUAAGUGGCGGACGUUAUUACGCUGUCGCACUUUUCUUAGGUUUAAAUUUUGUUCUGUUUCUGUAUAUCAUGGUCGGCCAAAUUUUAAUCUUGCGUUCUCUCUCGGCUAGAAGAUAUGUUUCUACUUUCAGUACCGUAAAUAAUUCAAGACGAAUCCAGGACGUUCUCGUUGCUAGGCAACUGUCUCUUGUGGCCGUAACCAACUUCCUGGCCUGGGUUCCGGUUCAGAUAAUGGGGACACUUGCACUUGCUGGGAUUGAACUCGACGAUGACGUCUACGUGUGGACGGCUGUGUUUGUUUUACCCUUGAACUCGGCCUUGAACCCUUUAAUAUACUCUUUUCCAAGACUGUACAACCUGUUUCAGUCUCUGAAGAAUUUUUGUUGUAAAUAA